UAUUUUCCCCAUUUUAAACGUAUUGGCACUAGUAGCAUUAAAUUAGCUCCAAAUUAGGAAACACUGAGUUAUAUUAUCGGAUCACAAACUAAAUUAAACAUUUUCCCACACCUAAAAUUGAAACAAAUGUUUCAGUUGAGGUAAAAGAGAAAUGUGUUAUUUUUUGAAAUUUUAUAUGAAUAUGCCGGUACUGCCCAUUUGACAACAUAGCAAACAGCUGUUUUCCCCCCUUCUGCGAUCGAAUGUUUCUCUCGAAGGUUCCAGAACCUUCUAGAAGCAUCAACCAGAGCGAGAGAGCCGGAACACUACAAAGUCAUAUUACGUACGCAAAGUGUAAUUUCAAAUUAAGAUUAAACCAGUAAACAUUGAUGAACCAAAUAUACACUUAUUAUUUGUGAAUUUGAAUUUUAACUUUCUUUUAAUUCAAAUUAAUUUCAAUUUUGAAUAUCUGUUUCCAUGAACUCCAUUUCUCAUUUGAUUGAUCAUUCUGGAAUCUUCGAGAAGUUUCCUCCACCGGAUGCAUUGAGCCUAGCGCCAGCGAAAAGUUCUGGAAGCGCGCCAUCGAGCUUAUAAAACGAACGGUGCCGGGAAGGCUGCGUCAUACUUGCGUUUCAGCGUUCGUGCGAGGUGGUGUACAGAGGUGUUGAGUCUAUUUUGUGCGCUUGUUAGCUGAAUUGUGGGCUUGCUUUUAGUUUAUUGAAGAUGCCGGAGGACGUCGAAAUGCAGGAAGCCGGCGAGGUUGAAACCUUCGCCUUCCAAGCUGAGAUUGCUCAGCUUAUGUCCUUGAUCAUCAACACGUUUUACUCGAAUAAGGAAAUUUUCCUUCGUGAGUUGAUUUCAAAUUCAUCUGAUGCUUUGGAUAAAAUCCGCUAUGAAUCACUCACUGAUCCAUCAAAAUUGGAAAGUGGCAAGGAGUUGUACAUCAAAAUCGUGCCCAACAAGAAUGAUCGCACCCUCACUAUUAUUGAUACGGGCAUUGGUAUGACAAAGGCUGAUCUUGUUAACAACUUGGGUACCAUUGCUAAGUCUGGCACUAAGGCAUUCAUGGAAGCAUUGCAGGCCGGUGCAGACAUUUCAAUGAUUGGCCAAUUUGGUGUUGGUUUCUACUCUGCUUACUUGGUUGCAGAUAAAGUCACUGUAACUUCCAAGCACAAUGAUGAUGAACAGUAUUUGUGGGAAUCCUCUGCUGGUGGAUCAUUCACAAUUCGCCCAGAUCACUCUGAGCCUCUUGGCCGAGGAACAAAGAUAGUACUUCACAUUAAGGAAGAUCAAACUGAAUUUUUGGAAGAGAGGAAAAUCAAGGAAAUUGUAAAGAAGCAUUCUCAGUUCAUUGGGUAUCCAAUUAAGUUGCUGGUGGAGAAGGAGCGUGACAAGGAAUUAAGUGAUGAUGAAGCUGAAGAAGAGAAGGAAAAGAAGGAAGGUGAAGAGGAGGAAUCUAAGCCAGAGGAUGAAUCAAAGCCAAAGAUCGAGGAUGUAGGAGAAGAUGAGGAUGAUGAAGAAAAGGACAAGGAUAAGAAGAAAAAGAAGCGAACUGUUAAGGAAAAAUACACUGAAGAUGAGGAACUCAACAAAACAAAGCCUAUCUGGACCCGCAAUCCUGACGACAUCAAACAAGAUGAAUAUGGUGAAUUCUACAAGUCCCUUACUAAUGAUUGGGAAGAUCAUUUGGCUGUAAAACACUUCUCUGUUGAAGGUCAGCUGGAAUUCAGAGCUUUGCUAUUUGUCCCCCGCAGAGCUCCAUUUGAUCUCUUCGAGAAUAAGAAGAGGAAGAACAACAUUAAGCUGUAUGUGCGCAGAGUGUUCAUCAUGGACAACUGUGAAGACCUCAUCCCUGAAUAUCUUAAUUUCAUCAAAGGUGUUGUGGAUAGUGAAGACUUGCCUCUGAACAUUUCAAGAGAAAUGUUGCAGCAAAACAAGAUCCUUAAAGUUAUUCGUAAAAAUUUAGUUAAAAAGUGCUUAGAGCUGUUUGAAGAACUCACAGAAGAUGGUGACAACUACAAGAAAUUCUAUGAGCAGUUCAGUAAGAAUCUCAAACUUGGUAUUCAUGAAGAUAGCACCAACCGCAAAAAACUUUCAGAACUGCUAAGAUACAACACUUCUGCAUCUGGUGAUGAAGCUUGCUCUCUUAAAGAUUACGUUGGACGCAUGAAGGAGAAUCAAAAACACAUCUACUACAUCACUGGGGAGAACAAGGAGCAAGUUGCAAACUCGUCCUUUGUUGAGAGGGUUAAGAAGCGUGGAUUUGAAGUUGUUUACAUGACUGAACCAAUUGACGAGUAUGUGGUUCAGCAGCUUAAGGAAUAUGAUGGUAAGCAGUUGGUGUCUGUAACUAAGGAAGGACUUGAAUUGCCUGAGGAUGAGGAAGAGAAGAAGAAGCGUGAGGAGGACAAAGCCAAAUUCGAGAACUUGUGCAAGGUUAUGAAGGACAUUCUGGACAAGAAAGUUGAGAAAGUGGUCGUUUCAAACAGAUUGGUAGAAUCUCCAUGCUGCAUUGUCACCUCACAAUAUGGGUGGACUGCUAAUAUGGAGCGCAUCAUGAAAGCCCAGGCUUUGAGGGACACUUCAACUAUGGGCUACAUGGCUGCUAAGAAGCACCUAGAAAUCAACCCUGACCAUCCUGUGAUGGAAACCUUAAGACAGAAGGCAGAAGCUGACAAGCACGACAAAGCCGUGAAGGAUUUGGUAAUGCUUCUUUUUGAGACUGCCCUGCUCUCCUCGGGCUUUGCUUUGGAAGAACCUCAGGUGCAUGCUUCCCGAAUCUACCGAAUGAUAAAGUUGGGCUUGGGUAUUGAUGAAGAUGAUGCCCAAGAAGGCGAAGAAAAAGCAGAUAGCGAUAUGCCACCUUUGGAAGGAGAUAAUGAAGAUGCGUCUCGAAUGGAGGAAGUAGAUUAAAGUUUUCGCUCGAUUCUUUUCUUAACUUUGUAAGACUGCCAAAUCAUUUCAUAGUUUGUUUGUUUUCAUUGUACAUUGUGUACAUUUGUAAAGGUCAUGAUGACUAGUCACAAGAUAUUUAAUGUCAUUCCAUGUGCAGUAUUUCAUUGUUCAUGUAUUUAAUUAAGAUGCUAUUGAGAUGUGAAGUUAAUGUUUAUAAUAAAACGUCAAAAAUUACUUCUUAGUUUUAAUUUUCCCCACUCCUUCAAAGUAGAGAAAAUGAAAUAAACAAGAUUGGGUUGUUUCUGAGUGUUACCUUUUUAUAUUUUUUGUUUGCACAAAUUUGUUUUAGUAUUAUUUGGUCUUGCUAUAUUAGUUUUGAUACUGCUCUUGUGCUGUUGAAAUUGGAUGAAUAAUAUAUGGAGUGCCUGAGUGAUUCAUUGAUAGAAAGUUUAAAUGUAGGACUAAAGAAACUUCAUGGCUACUCUGCCUGAGAAGUUAAACUUUAAUUGUGCUUUGUAUUCAUUAUUACUAUGAAUUGUGCCUGGUAUUCAUUUGUUAAGGAAAUUUUAGCUUUUUUACUUUGUUGCUACAAAUUAUGAGACCUGAUCAAUUAGAAUGAGGGGUAGCGUGAAUGUUAUCUCAAGCAGUAGUCUUAUUUUUCUGAACGUUUUUUUUAUUCUGUAAUAUAGUAAGUUACAAGCAGUACAUCAAAUUUCACUAAAAUUGUGCAUUUUUGUGGCCUUGUUAAGUUAUUAUUAUCAAAAUGUAUCUAGAACCUGAAUAAUUCUGGGAUUGGGUGAUUAGACAUCACAUGAACCAGUGACCUAAAAAAGUUAACAUAACUCCUAGGCCCUUUACGUUGAAAUAUUGUGUGGUAAGUUUAUAAAUCGUUUUAAGUGCUUUGAACAAAUGAACUGUGAGUGCAAUGCAGUGUAAUAUUUCUGGUAGGUGAGAUACGAGCAAGCAAAUCCAUUUCUGCAAUCAUGCUUUCAAAAUGGCAAGAUAUGGAAUUUUCUUAAUUUUAACUUGGCAAAAACAUACCAAAAUCGUAAUGAUUAAUUGAAUUAAGAAGCAAAAUACUUCAAUUAAUAUUCUAGGCAAUUAUUUUAAUUCAUAACAAAUCAUUCCUGUUGUAGUUCGGGUGACUGUCAGCCAGCAAAAAGCUAUCUUACAAGAUUUUAUAACUUUUUACUGCUGCACUGAUUUUCUUUCUCCCCUGACCUUUUUCAUUCCUCAUUGAUUGUUUUAACUUUUUUGUAUUCAAUUGGUUUACAAUUGCCUUCCAGAUUUGCUUUACAACUGCAAUAAUUUCUUUUCAGAUUUCAGCUUGUAGAUUAUGGAGUGUUUCAAUUUAGUUUCCAUUUAUUAUUGUAAUGGAUUUUGUUGCAACUCCAGAUACAUUUUUGAUUUGGUAUCUUCUGUAUUUUUUGAAUGUUAUUAAUAUUUUUUUCCACUCCUAAUUAAAGUUACACCUUUAUUAAAAAAUCCCCAAAGAAUGUGGUCGCAACAAAAACUCCUGGUUGUCUGUGACAAGAAAGUUACUAAAGUUGAAAACAAUUAUAUGUCACGUUAUUUCAAAUUACAAUACAAAAAAUAUAAAACAACCUACAUUAACUUAUGCUAGUUACAAAACACUGGUCACAAUAAAUUUACCAAAUGCAACAGUUCAUUAGUAUUACAAGCAUUGACAGCAAGUUUCAAAAGUUAUUAAAAAAAGAAGGGAAGCUAUCAACGCAAAAUAGUUUAGUCAGUUUUUCUUAUAUUUAACAAUUUUAUAUGGAGUCAGAAAAACGUAUCACUUUAAAUCUGUUUUGUCUCCUUACAUUUCUUGUGGUGUAUCCUGUAGCUACAGUUUUCUUAUUUUACUUUCAUGCUCUGGAUGCCCACAAAUAUGUUCAGAGGUGUAAGUUUGACUAUUAUCACAUCAACUUGCAUCCCCUAGCUGAAAAUCUGAUGAGCGUGAGUUAAAUUAGUGUAUCAUAUUCUAUACCUCUAGUCUUAUGAACUAGUUAUCAAAUUGUUCGUAAUUUGCGGCUAGUGAGAUCGUUCUAUUCUUUUGAAUCCUUUGUUCUAAACGUCUUUCGUAUUAUUUUUAGAGAAUGUUCAAGGGAUGUAUUUUGUUUGCUGUAAGUUAUCUGUAAAUAUUUCCUGGACAGCUGUAUUGUUAGAUGUACAGGAAUUUAUCACCCCAGUGCCAUCAACACAUGUAUCACACUUUCCUUUCUAUAU